AUGCUCCCUCGGACGAGAGACGCGAGAGAGGAAAGUGCCGGUCAAAACGAACACCUGCAGUUCGGCCUGCUCCAGCGACUGGGGACAACUGAAAGUGAUAGCUCUAACAAUAGCCGGCGUGGAGUUGUCGUGCGUUGUGUGUGUGUGCGCGCAGAGCGUAAGCUGUUCGUCCGCCUUGGAGCAGCGAUAUGGAGCCCAGCGCCCUUCCGGUGCCUCACGCGCCUCUCACGCCUUCAGCCAGCCUCCUCCUCCGCCGCCGCUGCGCCGCGCUGCUCCGCACUGCGAAGACACAGACGGGAAGUCGAUAGGCACUUCUGA